AUGGUUUCUCCUAUGGGCACUCUGAGGAGGCGUGCUAUUCGCCGCCCGAGAUACGUCAGAGAUGACUUGAAGAUCGCCGUCCGCGACGAUCCGGGCGAAAUCUCAUCUGACGACGAAGAUUCCCCUUCACCCAACAGCACCACGUUCCCACCUGGCGCAAGACCAACAGCGCCCCCUCCGCCACCAGCAGUCGGAGUGGCUCCGCCGGCCGUCCUUAACCCUGCCAACCCCACGGAUACGGAGAGCAGCACAUCGAGCGAUUCCCCAUCGCCUACGUCUACCGAAUUCCCGAGACCGACUGAGCCUCUGCGCGGCUCGCAACGCGGAGAGACUGGAGCCACUCCUUUUUCUUCCUCUAUCAGUACCACUACCGAAUCGUCAAGCUCGACCAGGACUCCCACGGCUCUCCCAAAUAACCGCAGCACCACCAGCUUCGACUCGCAGCCGACAGGGGGCACGACCAGGGGAGGCAAUGACACGGGUCUUGGGGACGAUAGGUCUGGCGAAGUAGGAUGGACACCAACCGCGAUUGCGUUCGGGACGAUUGCCAUCGCUGCACUCUUCCUCGUCAUCGGCGUCGGCAUCUGGUGGUGUGUCCGCUACCGAAAGCGCCGUCAAGCCCGUCAUCUCUACGAACGAAGCAUAUCACCCGACAACCACCAAUACUGGGACCCCUCGUCAACCUUCUCAGCACCCACUAUGCCCGCCGCCCGCCCGUCCCGCCGCUCACCCUCAAGCAUCUUUGCCGAACUCAUGGGCCACGCCUACGCCGCAGAGAACGGCAAUGCAGGGACCGGAACUUACAGUAACGACCGCAACUCGCUGACACCCCAGGGCUACCUCGACGAGAAGAGAUACGACCCCGCCCGCCAGCUCCCCAUCCUCGAGCCCGCGCCCGUCGCCCAGCCCAACGUCCGUAACUCCAUCGCCAGCUGGAUCCGUCGCCACCACCCGCUCAAGUUGAAUCCCAUGUCCGGCCGUAGCAGCAUGUACUCCACCCGCAGCGGCUUCGGCGCCAGCACGAACAACAUUAACGCCCCUCCGGUCCCGAAUGUGCCGGACGCCUACCGGAGCACCGACCGGGUGGAACAGUCCGGGCUGGCUCCUCCGCCUCAGCAGCGUUACGCACCAUCUAGCCAAUACGACACCGGAAGCCCCUCAACCGACUACAACACCAACUCCCUCUUGUCUCUGUACCAAACUCAACCGCCCCAACAACCUGGUCAACAGCAACCCCCGGCAGCCCCGUGGCUUCAGGACCCGCCCCCGGUCGUGUUUGGCGAGCGCGGCGUCUCCAUGGCUCCGACUGAAGCUACCGAAAGUACCUGGCGAAGCUGGGGCGGCGGCGUCAACCAGCCCCAGCACCAGCAUCAAACCCCUCCCGAGACCCCUCGCAAGGGCUGGAUUGAGAAGUGUAUUAAAUUUGGAGGUCUGAAAUAA